AGUUUAAAUUCAAUUAUCUAAUCCUUAUUAUUCAUUAAAUAAAAUGUACAAUUAAUUCAAUGUUAUACUUGUGAUCAUUUACUUGUAAAACAAUAAGUUAAAUAAUUAUUAUUGAUCUAUUAAAUAACCAACUAAAGUUCUUUCCUCUUUCGUUCUUUUCGUUUGUUUUUUCUUCUUUGUUUUAAUUCAUCAUGUAUAAAUGUAUCAUAAAAUUAUUUUCAAAUUUAUCACAUUUCAUUCAAUUUAAACAAAUUUUGUUACAAUUUAUAAGUGUUACUUCUUUUGUUAUGAUGUUUUUAUUUGGUGCAACAUCAUGUUGGUUAUUAUGGAUUUAUUUAAUUAUUAAAUUUAUUAAAUUAUUCUAUAUUAUUGGUAAUAAAUUAAUUAUGAAUGAUAAUCUAAUACAAAAUUCAUAUGAAUUUAUACAUAAUGAACAAUUAUAUGAUUUAUUUCGACAAUUUAUUACAUUAUCUUUAAUUAUUAUUGUAUAUUGGAUAUAUUGGUAUAUUGAUAAAGGUUCCGAAGAGAAAGGUAGUCAUCCAAAAUAUUUUAUCAGAAAUUUAAUAAUAUGGAAAUAUAUAGCAUGUUAUUUUCCAAUUAAACUUGUUCUUAGUGAAUUAUAUCAUAAUAACAAUAAUAAAGACAAUGAACAUACAUCUGAAUUAACUACACUCAAUGUUAUUACCAAUCAAAAUUGUCAUAAUGAUGAAGAUCAAAAUUCAAAUGAUAAAAUGUAUAUUGAAACAAUUAAAAAUAAACAAGAUUAUUGUACAAAUGAAAAUAAUUUAACAUGUAUAAAAGAAUUAUUUCCUCCAAGUAAUAAUUAUCUAGUUGGUUAUCAUCCACAUGGAAUAUUUGGUAUUGGUGCUUUUAUUAAUUUCUUAACUGAAGCUAAUCAAUUCUCUGAAAAAUUUCCAGGAAUUACACCAUGGUUAACAACAUUGGAGAUUAAUUUCAAAGCACCAUUUUAUCGUGAUUUUCUAUUGUCUUUUAAUCUUGUAGCAGCAACAUACAAAGGACUUUCAUAUCUCCUUGAUUCUCAACAAUGUGGAAAUACAGGAAAUUUCGUUGUCGUCGUUUUGGGUGGUGCUCCUGAAGCAUUAGAUUCACGUCCUGGGAAAUAUGUCUUCCACACUAACCGACGAUAUGGCUUUUUCAAGUUAGCGUUAAUGACUGGGUCGCACUUAGUACCGUGUGUAUCUUUUGGUGAACCGAAUAUGUUUAAACAAGUGUACAAUCCUGAAGGGAGCUGCAUAAGAUACUUCCAAAAUCAAUUUACGAAAAUGGCAACAUUCUCACCUCCUUUCUUUUAUGCUCGACUUUUUCUGCCUUAUCGGACAGAUGUAAACACAGUCAUUGGACGGCCAAUACCGUGUGAAAAAAACCCAAAUCCAACAAGAGAACAAGUAUCAGUGCUGAAAGAAUUAUACCUAGAAGAACUUCGAAAUCUUUACAAUAAAUAUAAACCAAUCUAUGAUCCAGAUGGAGAUCUAAUGUUUGUUUGAAGCUGAGAUAAUCAUAUUUUCGCAGUUUAUUCUAUUAGCCAAAAGACAAUAAGCAUUACUCUCUAGGACUUUAUGAUUCGGAUUAUUUUAUUUAUGACAAUUAUUUUUCAGUUUCAAGAUGUAAAUUCAUUUGGAAACA